AUGAGGUUCACCGAACCUAUUGCUUUGGGCUUCCUGCCUUUUGCCAUUGCCAGUCCUGCCCCAAUUAUCAAACCAGCAGUGGUACGAAGCACGGGGUUGAAUUCUCGCGCCCAUCGCAAUUCCCAUAACGGCUACGCACCAGUCAAUGUCACCUGUCCAAUAAACCGACCCAGUAUUCGCGCUGCAACCAGCAUCUCUCCCGAGGAAAGAUCAUGGCUGGAGAAGCGACGUGAGAAGACAAACUCAGGCCUGAAGCAGUUUUUCGGUCAUGUGGAAAUUGACGAUUUCGACGCAUUGGCUUAUAUCGAAAGCCACGCGGAAGAUACCGCAGAUUUACCGACCAUUGGCUUUGCAAUCUCUGGCGGUGGUCUAGCAGCAGCUUUGAAUGGUGCUGGUGCUUUCAAGGCCUUCGAUAGUCGCACUGAGGAUACACUGGGCAAGGGUCAGCUUGGUGGUUUGCUGCAGUCAAGCACCUAUUUUUCAGCCCUCAGUGGCGGGUCUUGGUUCCUCGGCUCGAUCUAUAUCAACAAUUUGACGUCGGUCACAGCAUUGCAGGAAGAUUUCUGGGACUUCUCAUCUGAGAACUUCUUUUCUGGUCCAACCAGCAUGACAACAACCGAAUUUUGGGGCAACUUGACCACUCAAAUCCACGCCAAGAAAGCCGCGGGCUUCACCGUUAGUGAUCCAGAUAUUUGGUAA